GAGCAAGAAUAUCUUAUUCACUGAUCUACAUUCAUCUAAUGUAGAAAUCAAACAAAGCCAAGCUAAAGAGCAUCUGUGUUCAUUCAACUGCAUGUCAUAUACUUUGUGGGAACGCCUCAUUUUCAGAGCCGUACACCCAUUUUCAUCAUAUUUGGCAAUGGUCAUGCCAUCCAUGGAGAAAUCAAAUGCACCAGUCUGCAGGUUAAGACGAUAUGCAUUACUACUGGCUUUUUUUCUUUGGACAUCAUUCUGUUUGGUUCUGUGGGCAUGGAAUGGUGGGAUUCAUAUAAAACAAUUUCAGCCCCCCAGACCUGUACUAGUUCCUCGAAAUAACAAUUCUUCCAUAAUAUCAGCGGUUGACAUGGGAAUCAGCGAUGAGGAGUGGGAAAGACUACAGAAGGCUCUGGACUGGCCUAUUCCAGAUCAAGAAAUCACUCAUCUGAUUCAGAGCACAAGUCCAGUCCACUCAACUUUCUCUAUUGUGGGACUCAAAGAGAGUUACAAAGUGGGAGAAAAUAUCUCUGUUAUUAUCACAGCCAGAGACCACAACAAGAACCUGAAAAGAUAUGGAGGAGACUUUUUCAAAGCAAAACUUUUCAGUACAGAACUAAAGGCGAGUGUGUACGGGGAG